CGCCGUCAUGAUCAACAUGCAACAACCUGAUAACAUGGGCUAUCAUCCCGCUGUUUCGCUCUCGAAUCGAUCCAUAUGAUGAUCAAGAAUGUCAUUCUCCGAAAGUUCCAGGCCGAACAUUCCGCAGCUCGUGCAAUCACGAUUCGGGGAGGCUGGCAGGACCUAGUCGUACACACUCAUACUUCUUCGGAUGGCAUGCAUCGAUUACACGGAUUCUCUGCAAGUGUUGCUGUCGUCAUAAAUUACUCGGAUCGCAAGUCGUCGGACGCCUGGUCAAGGUCGGGAGUGAGCGCUACAAUCUCUGCGGAUGCCUUGCCGGUCCAUACAUGGAUCGAAGCUAUACCUAUCCAUGAUCCAUGGGAGAGAUCGGAGAGAUGAAUGCGCCAGAACUGGUCGCUAGCGCUGAAUGCGCUCAGACCAGCCGUGUCUGGUAUGGCUCGCUCGGCUUCGUGCAUCAUCCGAUACAACUGUUUCUUCAAACUCUACUCCAUUAUCGUGCAACCGAUGCAUGUUCCUCGUGGUCUCACCUUCGGUCGUACGUCCGACCAUAUCGUAUGAUGAUUCGAUCUCGUCAUGGCAGUGGGGCAUGGGACUCUAGCGACGAGAAUAGACCACAGGAAGGCUUAAACCCAUGAUGGAGGUUACCUUAUUCUAUCUCGUCUCACGACAGAUUCGCAUAUAAAGUAGGCUCUCCUUGGUUGCUGUGCGAGAGACUCGUGUUUGAAGGCAGUUCACCAUCGAACUUGAUCGACAUGCUCGCUUCGAAGUGUUCAUGUUUGGACCUGCGGCGUAGGCUCGGACCUUGGAUUGAACUCACCCGAGUUGACAAAUUUGCCGGGACUAUGGUGCUCUUUUGGCCGUAUGCGUGGGCCGUGAUGAUGAUCGCCCGAAUCAUACAUCUUCCUGUAUACCAAACCGCGAUAUAUUUAUGGAACGGCUUCGUUGGCGCAUGCUUGGGACACAGUGCAGGAUGCAUAUGGAAUGACAUACUUGAUCGCGAGUUCGAUCGUCAAGUCGAACGCACUACGCACCGACCCAUAGCGGACGGUAGGAUAUCGGUGCGGGGGGCGUUGGUGUUUCUAUCUAUUCAUCUAUGGGCAUUGAAUUGCAUAAACAGGAAUCUGCAUUCGCAUGCUUGGGUCUUAGGGCUAGUUUCUAUAUUUGUUCUUCCAGGCCUAUAUCCGCUCAUGAAGAGAGUUACCUAUUGGCCCCAGGCUUGGCUGGGGCUCGCUAUGAAUUGUGGUAUACCGAUGGCGUCUCUUGUCAUGACGGGCGUGAUUACCCGCCAGGCUACUAUUCUCGGUGUAGGGGCAUGGUUUUGGACUCUUUGGUACGACACUAUAUACGCCUGUCAAGACAAGCGUGACGACGUUCAGGCCGGCGUAAAAUCGACCGCACUCCUUUUCGCCCAAUACACCAAACCGUUACUCGCCAUCUUCGGAUGCAUCCUUGUGCUAUCUCUCUUAACAUGCGGAAUCGAAAACGACAGCUGCGGCAUCUAUUACGCAAUCUCUGUGUGUAUCACCGCAUUUCUUCUUGCCCAGGCAAUUUGGCAAGUAAACCUGGACAACCCCGUGAGUUGCUGGAAGACGUUUAAUCGCAAUGGGUUCUGGCUUGGUGCCACGGUAUUCGUUGGAUUUACCGCUGACUAUAUCGUCGCGCUCCAUAACUCGCCACAAAACCCACUGGCCUGA